AUGCCAGCAUCAAGCAAGAAGGUGAAAGUACCCAAUGUACUUUCUAAAAACACUACCAAACAACAACGAAAAUCUAACUCCCACUCAUUGGAUCAAAAUCGUAAAGUGGAUAAGAGUAAAAUUGGUAAAGGACCUACUCAGCUUCGUUCUCGCUCAACAAUUAAACGUCUUCUCAUGUAUACAUCAAAAGUCAAGAGAAACGAAGAUGGCGAAAUUAUUAAAGGCUAUGUUACACCAAAAUCACAACAAAUCAAAAAGGGAGAAAUGGCUCGAGUUGCUCCUGAUAGAACCUUGUUCGGAAAUACAAGAGUUAUUGGCCAACAAGAAAUGUCCAAGUUCCGACAAGCUUUGGAAAAGAAAAUUCAUGAUCCUUACACAAUUUUGUUGAAACGUUCCAAAGUUCCAAUUUCGUUAUUGCAAGCCAACACAAAAGAUACCAGUGCAAGCUCAUCAAUUUCAUUGGCAUCAUCCAAUAGUACGAAUAAUGUGAAACCAACAAAUGUUGGAGGAGAAACAUUAAUUCCAUCCAACGACAAUAUUCAUGCAUUGCAUCAAAAUUCAACAUUCCAAAUCAAGAGACAAAUUAAUUUCCAAGAAACAUUUGGACAAAAAGCUCAACGUAAAAAACCUACUCUCUUAUUCACGGACUUGGCAGAAUUAUCUCAUCAAGUAGAAAAGAAACAACAAGAAUAUCAACCCAUCAAGGACAAGAAGCAAAUGUAUGUCCCCAAUGAAUACUAUUAUUUGCACAAGGAAGGUACAGAUUCUCAUGAUGUUUCAUCAGUUUUAGCUUCGAGCGGGUUUGUGAGAUCUCAAUUGUAUGACCCAUGUACUCAACGUGGUACCUCCAAACGUAUUUGGAGCGAAUUGUACAAGGUCGUUGACUCGAGUGACGUUCUAUUAAUUGUGUUGGAUGCUAGAGAUCCAAUUGGUACUCGUUGCUAUCAUAUUGAGCAAUAUCUCAAAAAAGAGAAGCCUCACAAACACGUGGUAUUCAUUCUCAAUAAGUGUGAUCUCGUACCUACAUGGGUCACUGUUCGAUGGGUUAAAAUUCUCUCUCAAGAAUAUCCUUGUUUGGCCUUCCACGCCAGUGUUCAGAAUCCAUUCGGUAAAGGUGCCUUAAUCCAACUAUUGAGACAAUAUGCUCAGGUGCAUCGUGAUAAACCUUCCAUCAGCGUGGGUCUUAUCGGAUAUCCCAAUGUUGGUAAAUCUAGUGUGAUUAACACAUUGAGAAAAAAGAAGGUCUGUAAGGCAGCUCCAAUUCCUGGUGAAACUAAAGUUUGGCAAUAUGUUGCUUUGAUGAGAAGAAUUUUCCUUAUUGACUGUCCUGGUGUUGUUCACACCACAGAUAAUGAGGAACAAUACCGAUUGAAAAACCAAUAUAACACCUCAGAGCAAGAUGAACAUUAUCAAUAUAUGAACAGAGUUGCUGAUAAUGUACUGAAAGGAGUUGUACGUGUUGAGACAGUGACACCCGAUGAGUUGAUUGAUGUCAUUCGUGUCAUUUUGCAUCGUAUGAAACCAGAAUAUGUUCAACGUACCUAUCAAAUCUUGACAUGGAAAGAUCACUAUGACUUUUUAACACAAUUGGCAUACAGAUCAGGAAAAAUCAAUAAGGGUGGAUCUCCUGAUUUGCACACAGUGGCCAAAAAGAUUGUACAAGAUUGGCAACGAGGUAGAAUUCCAUGGUUUAUUGUUCCUCCAUUUGAAGAUGAUAUUGAUAAGGCUGAAAUGAAGAAUUUGAAGAAGGAAUUGGAAGACAAGAAGAAGAAUCCACUGUUGAAUCACAAUAUUAAGCAAUUGUUCUACAAGUUAAAAACUGAUGAACAAUUAUCUGCUGUUUAUUCUAAGCAUGAUUUGAAAGGUAUUGGAAUUAUUCCUGAAGACAAACAAGAAGCUAUCAUGCAAGAAUUGGCCAAACCUUCAAAGGAGCAAAUGAAAAAGAUUGAAAAACAAAAUGCAAAGAAGAAGAAGCUAUUGUCAAAGGAAGGUUUAAAUUCAAAGAACAAUGACCAAGAAAAUGAUGAAGAUGACGACGAUGAGAAUGAUGAACAUGCAGAGGUUCAACACGACGAAGAGGACGAAGUUGUGGAUUGGGAUGAAGUAUAUGCUCAAUUUAAUGAUAAGGAAGUCAUGGACGAUGAUGAGAAUGAUGAAGUAGAUGAAGAUGGUGAAGAUGAUGAUGACCUUGAAGAGAUGAACGGUUCUGAAUUUAUUGAGGAUGAAGCUGAAGAGGAUAACCAUGCCGUUGAAUCUGAUGACGACAAUGAGGAUGCUGAAGAGGAUGGCAUUGAAGAAGAGAAUGAACGUCCAGUUAAGCCUCUCGUUAAUAUGAAACCUGUCAAAGUGAAAUCUCUCUCAAAACUUGACAUUUUGAAUCGUAUCAAGAAGCAACGAGAAUCGUCGAGCGAAAAGAAGGAAGUUCAACCUCCUGCUACCAAGUCAGACAAUGUGUACAUUCCAAAGGCCCUUAGAAAUAAGCUGAAAAAGUAA